CAUAUAAUCCAUAACCAAAGCUUCUUGACCUGUCCACCCUAACAGCAAUGAACUGUUUAAGCAGGAGGCUAAUACUAAAACCUCCCUUGCACUCAAAUCUUACCCUUAAUUUCCCUUCUAUCAAUGUUCCCUUUUACUCAAAACCCAUUUCCAUUCACCAGAAAAGAAAAUUGUCUGCCAACACUGCCAUUACAUCCUUAAUGCAGUAUCCCCUUUCAGGUGCUGAGGAGGAUUUGGUGGGUUAUGUUUUUGGGAAGAAGAAGGCAACUGAAGUAGCCCAUUUGAUAUGGAAACGUGUUGUUCAAAAUGGUGAUACUGUUAUAGAUGCUACUUGUGGCAAUGGUUAUGAUACUUUAGCCAUGCUGAAAAUGGUGGCUGAUGAAUUGGGCAGGGGUCGUGUUUAUGGGAUGGACAUACAGGGAGAUGCUUUAAAGAGAACUUCUUCUUUGCUGGAUGAAAGUGUCACUUUGAAGGAGAAAGAACUUGUGAAGCUCUUCUCCAUCUGUCACAGUAGAAUGGAAGAAAUUGUUCCUGCAAAUAGCCCUGUAAGGCUUGUUGCAUUCAACUUGGGGUAUCUUCCAGGAGGUGACAAAACGAUAACCACGGUUUCAGAAACAACACAAUUGGCAUUGGAGGCUGCAAAGAAAAUAUUAAUUCCUGGAGGGCUGAUCAGUUUAGUUGUGUAUGUGGGGCAUCCUGGUGGAAUGGAAGAACUGGAGACUGUUGAAGCUUUUGCUUCUGGAUUAUCAGUUGAUAAUUGGAUCUGCUGCAAGUUCCAGAUGUUAAACCGACCUUUAGCUCCUGUACUGGUUCUCUUAUUCAAGAGUGACUCUACAAGGUCGUACUAAAACUCUGAAUAUGGAUGGAUUCCUCACAGAGGUAGCUGAAACACAAUGGGGUUCUGCUUUUUGGACCCAUCUUCUUGCAGAAGGAAGCCUACGCGAAGGAUGAUUACGUCAUGAGGUGAACAGCCAAUCUGAAACCCACCACACCUGUAACUCCUGAGCAUGUUUGCUUUUUGUACCCAAUCCAUUUGCCACCCAUGUCUGCCACUGGAUAUUUCGUGGACGAUCUUAGUCCCAUGAAAAAGAUGGUUACAAAGGAAA